AAGACAAGGAAAAGGACAGCGUAUAAAGUCCUCUGCCUCCUCACCCUGUUUUCCCUACACGAGAAAACGAGCCCCGUUCCCGUUCCUCUCCUACCGAACACGCACAUCCACCCCCAUCACGGUAUCUAACAUACGCCUCUCCCCUUAUCCUGCGCACCCUUUUUAGCCUGCUCUCCCUAACACCUCCAUUAUAAAAUCUAGGGUUUUGGAUUUGGGGAUCCGCAUUGUCAGCCUGCCCUGAUUGUGCGGAACGCUAGGAUGUGGGGGUUUUUCUGAGAGAGAUGUGGGAUGCUUCAGGCAUUGAUGAAUCUGCUCUCACUGUGUUCGAGGCCGUUUGGGUAUGGUCUGGGUAACAAGUCUCAGUCAAUCGUCGGCCAUGGUGGCGACAGAGAAGGCAAAGAAGGAUUGCUUUGGUAUCGCGAUACUGGGAAAUAUGGAUGCGGGGAUUUCUCCAUGGCAGUCGUGCAGGCGAACCAGGUGCUGGAGGACCAAUCCCAGAUCGAGUCCGGACCAUUUGGCACUUUUGUAGGCGUCUAUGAUGGGCAUGGCGGCCCCGACGCAGCUCGCUAUGUCUGUGAUCACUUGUUUAGGAACUUUCAAGCAAUGACGGCAGAGACACAGGGAGUUGUGACUGCUGAAACCAUUCAAAGAGCAUUUCUUGCAACAGAGGAAGGGUUUACUAGUCUCGUGACAGAGCUAUGGAGCACGCGACCCCACAUAGCAACUGUUGGGUCCUGCUGUCUAGUCGGUGUGAUUUAUCAACAGACACUCUUUGUGGCAAACCUUGGAGAUUCACGCGUUGUGUUGGGCAAGAAAGUUGGCAACACGGGAGAGAUUGCUGCUUUUCAGUUAUCUACUGAGCACAAUGCAAAUGAGGCAGCAGUCAGGAGGGAACUUAAGGAACUACACCCUAAUGAUACCCAAAUAGUUGUCCUCAAGCAUGGAGUUUGGAGAGUGAAGGGGAUUAUCCAGGUUUCUAGAUCCAUAGGGGACGUCUAUAUGAAAAGUUCACAGUAUAACCGGGAACCAAUUAAUGCAAAAUUCAGACUCCCUGAACCAAUGAACAUGCCUAUCUUGAGUGCCCAGCCAACUAUCCUUUCUCAUCGACUCCAUGCAAAUGAUUCUUUCCUUAUAUUCGCAUCUGAUGGUCUAUGGGAGCACUUGAGCAAUGAAAAAGCUGUGGAUAUAGUUCACAGCCAUCCGCAUGCGGGAAGUGCCAAAAGGCUUGUCAAGGCUGCCCUUCAUGAAGCAGCUAGGAAGAGAGAGAUGCGGUAUUCAGAUCUAAGAAAGAUUGACAAGAAAGUCCGACGCCAUUUCCAUGAUGACAUAACUGUUAUUGUUUUAUUUUUGAAUCAUGAUCUCAUAUCCAGAGGCAUGGUGCAAGACCCUCCUGUCUCCAUUCGAAGUGCUCUGGAACACUAAUUUUAAGAGAGUUUGGUACAUGUUUUUUCUGCUUCCUCCUAUUCGGCCAAAAAAAUACUUGGAGAAACUUGCCUCCUGUAGAGUGUUAUCUCAUAAUAUGCAUGGGUAAAAAGCUGAGCCUGACAAAGUGGUUGCCCUGCUUGACUACUAAUACUAAGAUUGCUUGUUUGUUAAUGUUUGAAAUUUGUGGAAUGUUCAUUGUUAGGAAACAAUUUUUGUUUCUAUAAGAACUUAAGAAUUCCUUGUAAUAUCCUAAUAUAAUUUAUUUGUGUUUGAUCAUGCCA